AUGGAGGUUCGCGAUGUGCGUUACGAAGUGCAAGUAGAGGCGGACGGUCGGCGGAGAGGGCUGGGCCAAAGGGUGCUUCGAGUCCUCGAGAGGCUAGCGAGCGCCACACAAAUGCGCUGUGUACGACUCACUGCGCUUACGCACAACCCUUCGGCCGCCGCAUUCUUUAGAGCCUGUGGGUACAGCUUAGACGAGACCAGUCCACCAAAAGAAGAAGCCAGCCACUACGAGAUUUUAAGCAAGUCCACAUGCCUAGGUGUAGAUCCAGAUAAUCACGAUCUAAGAGAACUAGUCGGAACAUAA